AUGUCCACGGGAAACCCCACCCACGUGGCGGAAUUACCCAGCACCCCCGAACGGAUUGAGCAACGUGCCCCUCUCCCGGAAUACAAGCCUGCCUACAAGCCAAAGUCUUACUCACCAAAGCCAUCGUACCCAGCUCCAAGCUACGACCCCAAGCCUUCCUACAGCAACAAGCGUCCAACCUACCAUGAGAAACCCUACGAAGCCCAAGAAGACUACGGUGCACCUGAUUACCGAUACGCUUACCACGUCCAAGACGAAUACUCCGGAAAUUACUAUUCCGCAGAAGAGAACCGAGACGGCUACCAAACGCAAGGUUCUUACGUGGUGCGUCUCCCCGACUCCCGAGUCCAGAAGGUCAGUUACACUGCUGACGACUAUGGAUUCAAAGCCGAUGUCAAGUACGAAGGUGAGCCGGUCUACGAGCAUUACGAGAAGCCCAAAUACGAGCCAAAGCCUAAAUACGAGCCCAAGCCCAAAUACGAUGCCUACGAGCACCCUCAAACCGUUAUCUUGCUCUCGGUCCCUCUGCUGAUCUACAUCCGCAUCUUCAUCGUCAUGUUACAAUAUCGAUGCGUUCUGCUGGGUAUGCUCUGUGCUUUGAGCAUGGGGCACCCGGAUAAGCGGCCCGAGCCGAAAGGGCCGCCUGUUUACGUUCCCCGGCCACCCAUCCCGGUUGCUUACCAGCCAGGUCCUCCAAAUUACUCCGAGCCACCAAAAGGCUAUGGCCUCAAGCCCAAUAUCAAGGACGAUCCAUACCACAACGAGCCCGUGAGCUACCAGUACGGCUUCAAGGUGGAAGACGACUACGAAGGCACCAAAUUCAGCAAGCAGGAGAACCGCGACGGCUACGAGCUGAUCGGCGAGUACGUGGUGGACCUCCCCGACACCCGCCGCCAGAUCGUGAGAUACCGGGCUCACCCCGAGCUGGGAUUCGUGGCGGACGUCCAGUACGAGGGAACUCCCGUCUACCCGCCCGAUCCCCCACCAAAGAAGGAGAAGCCGGUUUACAAGCCCGUCUACGAGGAGCCUCGGUAUGCCCCGCGUCCGGCCGUUCAGUAUCAGCCGGCAGCCGACACCCCGCAGGUCUAUUAUGCGGCCGUGCCCAGAUACCAGAGAUCCGAACAAGUCCGCACUUAUAAUGCUUGA